AUGCCUCUACCGGGAGUCCUCAGAGCCAUGACUGCAACUGUGCAGACGCUGCGGUUCAAGCUGCUGCCGCAUGAGCCAGGCCAGGAGUGGGGGCAUAGCUGCCAGCAGGAAAUUGAGCGUCGCUACCAGGUGGUGCCCUCCGUGGUGUGUGCCAUGUGCUGCCUCUUCGGCAUCAUCUACUGCUUCUUCGGCUACCGCUGCUUCAAGGCUGUCAUGUUUCUGACGGGGCUGAUGUUUGGCUCCAUCAUCAUCUUCAUGCUGUGCUACAAGGAGCGGGUGCUGGACACACAGCUGAGCGUGGAAGCCUCGGUGGGCAUUGGGCUGGGCAUCGGGGUCCUGUGCGGGCUGGUCACCAUGCUGGUGCGCAGCGUCGGCCUCUUCAUGGUGGGGCUGCUCCUGGGGCCUCUGGUAGUGAUGGAGCAGUUCUACCACCCACCGACAGUGUGGAUCCCCAUCGCACUGCUCCUGGGUGUGGGGAUGCUCUUUGCUGUCCUCACUCUGCAGUGGCAACGCUUCUUCACCACCCUUUCCACCGCCGUCUUCGGCAGUGCCAUCAUGACUGUCACUGUUGACUACUUCAUCGAGCUCUUCCUCCUGGUGCAGUACAUCUACGAGCGCAUCAAGGUGGCCCCUGCUCGCCCCGUGUGCUGGUACAGCUGGGUCAUCCUGAGUAUCUGGCCGGUCCUCACCACGCUGGGCGUCCUGGUCCAGUGGAAGGUCACAGCUGAGGGCUAUUCCCACACUGCAGUGAUCAUCAGCCGUCAGCAGCGACGCGUGCAGCUGAUGCGCAUCAAGCAACGAGAGGACCGAAAGGAGAAGAAGAAGAAGCGGAGACCUCACCACCCACCGCCCCACCAACACAAAGCACACCCGCCCGAGCCUGCCUACCGCCGCAAGCCCAACCCCGUGCGCCGCUUCGAUGGGGACGUGCUCUCCCCUGUGAGUCCCGCAUCCAGGGUAGAGAUCUCCACUGGCCUCUGCGGCCCUUCCUUCUCCCUCCUCAUCCCCAGCUCCCAUGCCGUGGUGGACCUGGACUAUGACUGCAGCUCCACCAUGCCACUCACCACGGGCUCUGGCCCGGCUGUGAGGGUAUAA